GCCGUAUGUGGUCUCCGAGCCUCCGACUCAGGGAAGGCACGGAUCUUGGCGCGUCACAUGAGGCUGCUGCAAGGUUGCCUCCCACCUUUUUAUAUUCUUGCGCAGGCAAUUCAGCUCCCCCCUCCCCCCUCCCACCACCACUUGAGCCUCUCUACACAUGUCAUGCCAUUUCCAGUCCUUUUGAGCUUGCAGAACACCGUCAAAACUCUCCUGAACCCAGCUCUUACCCAGCUCUUACCCCGCUGUUGUCCUCUUUAGGUCGACGUCCGUGCUGACUGAUCAAGGUGCAGCUGGGUGCAGCUGUUCUUCCCUAACUCUGCACGUGAUCAACAAAAAGACCACAUGAAUGGCCAGGCCUCCUACCAACCCGUCAAGAUGGUAACCUUGCUAUCCCUCAUAUAGCAUCGCGUGCUCAUGAGAGUUCACACUCGUCCAUUGUUUCCCCUUCCGGUACAAUUUAGCACCCUGUCGGUUCCUGACCGCAUUAUUAAUUCGAUCUCUCGCCAAACGACCAAGCCAUGACUAGGGCUUGAUACUAUGUCUACAGGAUAUACAACUCGCCAGCUCCAUCAAGUCUCGAGCCUUAAUUGACGAGGAACUGGCUCUGCUCUUUACCAUCAAGUUUGCAACUAUGCCCACCACUGAUCCCGUCAGGCGACGGAAACAAAAUUGUGAGAACCAGAAGAGAUGGCGCCAGCGCCAAACCACCAAUCUCACUCGCCUGUCCGCCGCUCUCGAGCAGAAGAAUGACCAGAUUGAACAACUCCAGGAGGAGAAGCGUGAGUUGCAGACCCAACUCGACGCCGCCUUGGCCCAAGUUCAGCAACUCAGUCAAACCCUGAAGUACCAAGCGUGUGCCUCGGUGGUCAGCACUCAGCCCUCUCCCGCUCGAAUCUCUGUUCCUCCAGAGUUGGGCUUUCCACCACAGACAACGGCUGUGUCUUCCUCCAAUAAUCGGUUUCCAGCCUCAGCCUCGGAUUCUCCUAGCUCCAACACCAGCUUCGCCGAGAAUCCUCUCUCUCGCCUUCCUUAUGUCUCACAGUCCGUCACCACUGCCUCAGACGACUUGACAACCUAUCCCUUGGCUGGCACUGCUCCCAAUGUCAAGUAUGACUACCCACCGUCAUCUGUUCAGGGUAUGGUUCAGUCCAUCAGUGACCUGGGAACAUCCAUCUUCAAUCAACCCAGUCAUACUGAUGCUCUUCUCCACGCCGCACAUUACACAAUGCCACAUCCUGAUACGGAUCAAGGCAUUACCUUGUUGGAAAUGCUUCGAGAAUGUCUCAAAGUCAUCAAUUCCCAAGAGGAGGCGCACCAACACGAACCAGAUGUCCGACUGUUACACCUCGAAAGCUCAUGUUAUGACUUGCUUGGGAGCGGUCUUGGAGUCGGCCGAAUGAUGAUGACAUUUCCAGACAGUGCUCGCCUGUCCAGACAUAUCACCGCUGUACAGCAUGUUCUGUCUCGGAACCUGCCCCUCCUCAAAGCUCAGUCAUAUGAAUUCAAGGACCAUGUCGUCUCCGAGGCUUUCUCCUGGUUGAUCCGCGAGUCUUGGCCCUCCUCUGAAAGAGUCUUUAAACUAAUGACGGUCUAUAAACACAUUUAUAACUUCGAGCUCUUCCGCAACUUUCCAUGCAGAAAGACAUACUACCAGUUGCACCCCUUUUACCGCCCCACCUUGUGGCAACUGUUGGUUCCUCAUUCCCCAGCAAUCGACUGGCUUCCGUGGCCAGAGAUGAGGAACAAAAUUAUCAUGAUUUCCAAAGAUCAAGAAGUUGAUGUCGAUGCAAUCUGCAUGAAAGCGCUUGAACAUACCGUCGUUGAGCCAGAGUUCUCCUGGGAUGGCCUGCUCCAGGCAACAUCUACCUUUCGAAUGUGGGACAUGUAUCUCAUGGAGAAGACUGAGGGUGGCUCCUUCUCUAAUGCACUUAUGAUACACAACCCAGCUUCUCCCACCUUGCAACACCUUGUCCGACUACAGAACCUUCGGAUCCAAGAUAUCAGCCACUAUCGCAUUGACAGACCAUUCUACAAACUAUUCCCUCAAGUGGCCACCCCGGGUUGUGAAUCGCAUCUUGAGACGUUUCCGUUGAAUGUCCCCGACAUGGAAAAACUCCAACAUCCCAGCGAGAUCACAGCUGCUUCUCUUCAGCGUUUGCACGACAAGAUCCAGCAGUUACUCGCUACCUGUGGAUGAUGUUGGGUAGACAUGAUGAAACCAGACUGUAAACCAUAUCCUUCCAUCUGUCGUGCGAAGUUUUCAAUCACGAAGAAGAAUGUUGAUGAGAUCAAUGCCCAGUGUGAUAUAUGACAGUUAUGAGAAAUUGAGGUGGUUGUCAACCUCAUCGAUCCUAUUCUAGCCUGGAAGGUCUACGCAAUAAGACCUUGUCCACGGAUUUUUCCUUUCCCGACCGUCUAAAGAUAAGAAUACAAUAAGGCUCCGACCAACACCUUGCAAUUAUGGAACAUUUUCUGUCAAACGAACGGAACAUGGUGCAUGCCUCAUGACCGUACUGGAACAUCCACCUCUCCGGUUUCUGUCUUUUCAUCAUCGGGCUGUGAUAGUGGUUGCGGAUUCGUCAGCUGACCCUGCUGUUGCUGUUCUUUGGUCCUCUGCCUACUCAGCUUCAUCUCUUGCAUGACAUGAUGAGCAUGAGCAGCAUAUUUGCACUUCAUGCGGAUGGCUUCGCCAUACUUUAAAAAGAUGAUGGGGAAAGGGGCGCAUGCGAGGGCGAGAAAUGCCGGAAUCGAACUGGCCCAGUGGAUGCCGAGUGCGGCAUACAUCUGGGAAGUGAAGAGUGGAAAUACAGCGCCAAAUAUCGAGCGAAUGACGGCGCUGGCCGCAAGCACACUGGCAGCGUAAAUGGUGUAUGCGUCAACCAGAUAGUUCAUACUGCCUAGGAACGUCAAGACCAUGCCAAACCCAAAGGGGGCGGUGCCGAUGAUGCACACAAUCCAAUGUAUCGAUGGUGAGUUGGUCCACGCAAACCAAAACAUGCCCAGGGGCAGCGCGAUCGCUCCAGCAAUGGCAGGAGGAAGUCGUCCGGCUUCCGGUGGCGCUUCACCGUCCUCUCUGGCUUCGCCGAGCCGUCGAUACCGCUUGUUGUCGAUUAUUGCGUAGGUGGUCCCGAUGAGCAUGCCAACUGCAACGCCUAGGAAAGCAAGCCCGCCUACCCCUUGUGACCAGCCACGUGAUCCUUGAAACACGAUGGGGAAAGCGCCGAACAGCAGAUACAGCGUGCCGUAGACGAUGGCCAGGUAGAUGGAGAUGAGAAGGACAAUCGGCUCGAGGAACAGCAAGACCCAUGGUCUUACAAGAGCUUUGGAGAAGGCGGCGCCGGCCGUGAUUUUGCCUUGUCUAUGCUCAAGCAGUGAGAUAUAGACUUUGCCGGUACGCUUGCUGAGAGCUUUAGCCCGUCGCUCCAAGAUCACGGGCGCGUACGUUUCAGGGACGAGGAGGGCGCCAGUUAUCCACAGGGAUCCGGUGAAGAUGGUCAUGAUGCCCUGGAUCCAUCGCCACCCCACAGUCUCGCCCACGAAGCCGCCGAUGACGGGACCGAUGACGGGGCCUAGAAAGGGUGCGGCGGCAAAGAUGCUCAUGCCUAGACCUCUCUGGUUGGAGGGGAACAUGUCUGCAAUGACACCGCCGGCAUUGGUCAAAGGGGACGAGCCGAAGGUGCCGGCGAGAAAUCGUAGCACAAUCAGGGACCCGAUCGAAUUGGCCCCAGCACAACCAGCGUUGAAUGCAGUCAGGAUAGCAUAUGUACCGAAAAACAGGAUUUGACGGCCAUAUAAUUCACUGAGAGGAGCCCACAAGAGUGGACCGAGGGCAAAGCCGAGGACAAAAAGUGAUAGGCCGAGUGUGGCCACGAGGCGACUGCAUUGAAACUCUUCCAUGAUCUGAGUCAUUCCACCGGUAUAUGCCGAGGAGAUCAAUGAGACAGCAAGGGUGGCAAUGGCCACGACGCCAGUGAUGAACCAUUUCUUGACUUGAGUCCAUUCCAUGGGAUUGCGAGGAUCUUGGCGGAUGAAUUCGACGACAUAAGGAUCUUCGAUGGUUCCAGCGCCCUUGUAUGGAUGAUUGAGAACAUCUUCGGUGAUGAGUGUUUGACUUGCCACCAGCCGCCAAUGAGGGAUUGAUGUUGAUGGAUGAGGUUGGUGUUUCUGACUCUCCACAUCAUUCAUGACGGAGAGGCUCGAGGCGGAUGACUCUGCCAAAGGGUUGUUGUUCGCCAUGAAGCUGAAUGACUACGCCGAGAAUUCGUUUCCAGAGACAGGCAAUAAUACACUUACGACCUGAAUCUGAAGGCGACGAAGCUGCGCGUAGUAAUCGAUUGACAAUUCAACUAAACAUGACACGCAUACGUAGGGCCUACAUAUAUGAAUCCAGCCCAUGAUCUCCCC